AUGGCUCAUAAUGACGCCCCACCGACGAUCAAGCACAUGGAACUACAGUCCAUCAUUGGGUUUGGAGGAUCUGUACCUGGUGGAUUGAUAAAGCAUCCAGAUGGCAUCCAUAUGAUCUACCCACUGGGAUCUACCGUCGUUGUCACCACAUCAACAAAUUCAAACUCGCUCGCAAAACCAAAACAGGACUUCUUACAGGGACAUACUAACUCGGUAUCGUGUCUGGCUGUAUCAAAGGACGGCAAACUCAUUGCCUCGGGUCAGAUAACGCACAUGGGUUUUCAGGCUGAUAUCAUCAUUUGGGAUUUCGAAACAAGGAAACUCAUACGACGACUAUCACUGCACAAGGUUCGCGUUCAAGCACUAGCAUUCUCUCCAAAUGCUCAAUUCCUGGCCUCGCUUGGCGGCCAAGACGACAACUCUGUAAUCGUGUGGGAUUUACCUUCCGGAACAGCUAUUUGUGGUGCUGCAGCAGCAAAAGAUUCAUCCGGAACCGCCACCUGUCUAGCUUAUUUAAAUAACGAUGAACGAUGUUUCGUAACUGGUGGCUCUGGAAACAUUCGUGUAUGGGAAUUAUCAGAGAUCGAACGUAAAGUGAGAGCUCAGGAUUGCCAGACUGGUCAGAUCAAGCGGAUUGUCAAGUGUUUGGCUAUUGAUGAUAAAGACGAGUUUGUUUAUUGUGGAACUACUACCGGUGAUUUGAUGCAAGUCAAUCUCAAGACAAAGUUAUUCAAAUUGGCUGGACCUCCGAAAGAAAAAGACUUUUUCAGUCUGGGUAUUAUAUGCGCUACUAUUAAUCCCAAGGAUGAAUCCGUCAUUGUUGGAUGUGGAGAUGGUACCGUUGCUACCCUCAAACUACCUACCCUGAAAAUUGUCCAAUCAACCAAAGUCGAAGGAAGCGUAACAUCCAUCUCACUAGACAAUGGAAACAAUUUCUUGGCUGGUACAGCUGCAGGAACAGUGUACAUGGUAGACGCACUGACAUUCAAACCAGAAAUGAAGUGGGCAUGUCAUUAUACUGCCGUUAACGAUGUUUGCUUCCCUCCGGACUCAUCCGACAUGUUUGCAACAGCAUCAGACUCUGAUGUACGAAUCUGGAAUGCUUUGAACGGUGCUGAACUCGUUCGAGUAGUUGUACCCAACUUGGAGUGCAAAUGUGUAGUGUUUAGUAAAGAUGGAUCAAGUCUCAUCACUGGAUGGAAUGAUGGCAAAAUCCGAGCAUUUGGUCCACAGAGUGGUAGAUUACAGUAUGAAAUCAAUGAUGCACAUCGCCGUUGUGUUACGGCUGUAGCUGUGACUGAUACAUGGAAUGAUCGUGGUGAUUACAAGAUUGUUUCUGGUGGAGAUGAUGGUCAAGUAAGAAUCUGGAAUAUCUCAAGACAUGUCCAAACUCUAGAAGAAGCCAUGAAGGAACAUAAAGGAACUGUCACUUGCAUCAAAAUCCGUCGUAACAACAAUGAAUGUGUUUCAUCAUCAUCCGAUGGUUCUUGUAUCGUAUGGGACUUGGUACGACGAGUCCGAUCUCAGGUCUUGUUUGCCCCAUCCUUUUUCAAGGCUGUUGUAUACUAUCCUGAUGAAUCUCAACUGUUGACGAGUGGUACUGAUCGAAAGGUUGCCUAUUGGGAAGCAUUUGAUGGUUCCUUGAUUCGGGAAUUAGAAGUUUCACAAGCUGAUGCUGUGAAUGGACUGGAUAUUACACCUGAUGGUCGAUUCUUUGUUAUGGGUGGAAGUGAUAAGCUUGUCAAGGUCUACAAGUAUGAAGAAGGAGAUGUAGCUGCUGUGGGAAUCGGACACUCAACAGAUGUAACCAAAGUACGAGUGGCUCCUAAUGGGAAAUACAUGGUCUCUGUAUCUGCUGAAGGAGCCAUCAUGUCAUGGGAACUACCACAGUAG